CGAGCAGAAAUCGCCGCGACACGCUCAGGAACGGUUCCCUCGCUCGUACGGUCCUCGUGUCAGUAUAGUGUCGAUUCGCCGUGAUUCGUCGCGAGUCACCGCGCGAGCAUCCGGCCUGGUCCCGUCGACCACAGUCCGUCGUUAGUGAGAUAAAUAGGAUGCGGUAUCGCGCGAGGUUCCGGUGCUGCAUCCCGUGUCCGCGGCUUCGCGGGGACGUUGUCGUGGCCGCGGCCGCCGCCGCCACCACCGCCACCGCUGCCACCGUCGUCGUCGUCGCGUCCCGCUGAGAUAUGCGCGGUGUGCCGAUCUAUCGUUCUCAGUGUGUGUGCGGGUUAACCUUAAGUAUUAUAGCAAGAGAGUGCCGCGCGCGCGGCAGGUAGAAGGGUGUGAGGUGCGAAUAAAAGGAAGAGAGAGAAGGAGAGAGAAAGAGAAAACGCGCGAGUGUGGCGAGUGUGUGUGGGCUCGCGGGGGGAGAAGUACAGGAACGAGGAAGAGAGAUCCGGUGUAUUACGCGCGUGUACGCACGAGCCACGGAUACUACAUCCGUCAAGAUGUCGUCGUCCGGACAUAGCAGUCGCACUCGCGCGGCCAACAUCGGUUCGAUCUUCCAGAAGCUGCACGGCCGUUUCGCCGACGCGAUGACGCCGCCUAAGCUCUCUACCGACAAGCGCACGCUGGACAAGACCUGGAAGCUGAUGGACAAGGUGGUGAAACUGUGCCAGCAUCAGCGCAUGAACCUGAAAAACUCGCCUCCGUUCAUCCUCGAUAUUCUGCCGGACACGUAUCAGCGGUUGCGGCUCAUCUAUAGCAAGUACGAGGACCGGAUGCAAGUACUGCACAGCAACGAGCACUUUUGCGUCUUCAUCAACAACCUGAUACGUAAAUGCAAGCAAGCGAUCAAGCUGUUCAAGGAAGGCAAGGAGAAAAUGUUUGACGAGACGUCGCACUACCGCCGGAAUCUCACCAAGCUCAGCCUCGUGUUCAGUCACAUGCUGUCCGAGUUGAAGGCGAUAUUCCCGAACGGGAUGUUCGCCGGCGAUCAGUUUCGCAUCACCAAGGCCGACGCCGCCGAAUUCUGGAAAGAACGCUUCGGGAACAGUACAUUGGUAUCAUGGAAGGUAUUCAGACAGGAACUGAAUCAAGUUCAUCCGAUUAGUUCGGGAUUGCAGGCGAUGGCACUGAAAUCUACGAUAGAUCUAACGUGCAAUGAUUACAUCUCGAACUUUGAAUUUGACGUAUUUACAAGAUUAUUUCAACCAUGGUCGACCCUCUUACGCAACUGGAAAAUUCUGGCUGUGACACAUCCUGGCUAUGUGGCUUUCCUCACGUACGACGAAGUGAAAGCGCGUUUACAGAAAUAUUGUAUUACUAAGCCUGGGAGUUAUGUAUUUCGAUUAAGUUGCACGAGGCUGGGACAAUGGGCAAUUGGCUAUGUUACGUCCGAUGGCGAUAUCCUUCAAACUAUACCGCACAAUAAGAGUCUAUGUCAAGCAUUACUAGACGGCUAUCGGGAAGGCUUUUACUUAUACCCUGACGGCCGAAACAUCAAUCCAGACUUGACAUGGGCGGUACAACCAACGCCAGAGGAGCACAUCAAAGUGACGGCGGAACAAUACGAAUUGUACUGUGAAAUGGGUAGCACAUUCCAACUGUGUAAAAUCUGUGCCGAGCAUGAUAAGGACGUAAGGAUAGAACCUUGCGGGCAUCUUCUCUGUACUCCAUGUCUAACAGCUUGGCAGGUAGCGGAUUCCGAAGGACAAGGUUGUCCGUUUUGUAGAGCUGAAAUUAAAGGCACCGAGCAGAUCGUGGUGGAUCCGUUUGAUCCGCGAAGAACACACCGACCCGGAGCGCAUUCAGCGUCUGCUAGUAAUGCAUCGACCCCCACGCGGGAUCUCGACCCCGACACCGAGGACAUAAUGGAGCUAUGUAACGGCAACUGUGGUCUUAUAUGCGACGAUUCGGACGAGGAAGACGACUCUAGUCCCACGAAUUCGCCUGUGCCACCACGGAGGAUCGUUCCGAGUCCGCCGUUACCGCCUAGAAGACCGUCGCCAUCGCCCACGCCGAACAAUCAUCUUAGAAAUGGACGUCAUUUAACAGUGCCGAAGGAGAAUGCACCGCCGCCGCCGCCGUCAUCAGUCACGGUGAUACUGAAUUAUACCGACAACAAUCAACAAAAUAACAAAGAGGCGAGGUACGACAUGCUGCAUCGCGCGUCUUCACCGUCGCCGGUGCCGCCGAUACCACCCGCGCCGUCGAUAGCGGUGACGAGGGGUCACCCACGUCGGCCACACGGGAAUCUUGUGAGCGGCACUCCGCAGCGGCAGCCGCAACCACCGCCAACAUUGCCGGAGAAGACGUGUCGCGUCACUGCAACCAGCUCGACGACGAGUCAAACCGGAGGACCGAGCAACAAUGUACCUCCCGUGCCGCCGCCCUUGUCGGCGCCGCGGCCACCGAAGAUUGGCAAGGAAGGAACUGUGCGUCAAGAGCAUCAUUACGAAAACACAAUCGUGAUCUGCGGCACAAAUCAGCAUGUCGUGAAGAACAUCAACCUGGAAGCGAACAGAGCUCGACUGACGGCUUUGAUGAGGACGAGGGAUGAUCCGUGCGGCGGCGGUGGCGGUGGCGGUGGCGGCGGCGGAGUGACCAAGCCGGAAUCGGCGGCGUACGAAAAUGUCAACAUCGAGCACAUCACGAAACUGACGGCGCUCGGUUUCGCACAGGACGCCGUGAUCAGGGCGCUCGGCAUCACCAGGAACGACUUCGAAAUGGCGUGCGAUAUAUUGCACGAGUUUGCCACGAAAUCUUCCUGACCAGGACCGAACACUGAGGUCUCAUGACCAGCCUUGCCCGCCAGACGGUACUUUUGACAGGGAACACGCGCAGACUCCUGCAAGUCCCAUCUCUGAUGCGUCGAUCACAGAUAUUCGGGAAACGAUUCACCACCACGUCGAUGCAACACCCAAGAUUCAAAGGUGCUUCGUUUUACGUUUGAAAAUAUCGACGAGCGAGCGGUGAGCGUUGAGAACAUUAUUAAGGACAAUCAAGAGAACUAUGAAAUAUUGCGGUGAAAAUAAUUUUCGAAGCAUUCUCGACAUCUGUCGAACAUGAUUUUCAUCGCACGCAAGUUCUUCGCCAUAAAGUGACUUUCGAGUGGACUUUAACGAAGCUCCAAGUAUUCUCGUUCCUUGGUGCGCACGAGAGUGACUAUCUGCAUGUAACACGAGUUACUAGCGAUGUAGUAAGCAAAGGCGACGACCGACCAAAAGGCGAUUUGCGGAUGCCCAAGUAUUCCUUCGCGGGCCACAUGUAGCAAAGUGGUAUGCGAUACGCUAAAAAGUUGCGGGAUUGAAUCGAUAAGAAGAUAUCAAAAGUGAUGUCUUUCUGUCGAUUGAACGAAGGAACUUUUUCACUAUAUCGUGUAGUCCCAUAUCUUCCUUAGUAGCUCUCACUGGCAUAAUUACUAUCUUGUUCCUCAGUAUACUUAAGACAGAUUAACUGUACAAAGAGAAUUCGCUUCUACGUAUCGAGAAAGCGCUCCUUCGAAAGUCUUCGGCCACCCGUUUUCCAUAUUUUGUAUUAUAGCAUGCUGCGCAUAACACAACGAACGCGCGAACCGAUAUCGCGUUGUUCCGAGGAUCGACGUGUUUAGAAAUUACAUACCGUACGAUGGCAAUACAAAUGUUUUACCCCGUUCACUCGACGAAUACAUCCGUUUAAGAUUCUACGUAGAGAGCACCCAUUCGCUAGACACUUGACUCAUGAGCAUAUAAAUGUAUAACGAUAAUAACGACCGAAAGUAUGUUGAAUGCCUGGCAUCUAAUUUUUUAAACAAUACCGUUUUCCCGUAAUCUAUGCCGUUUUCAUCAUAUAUUAGAGUAGCUAUAUACACAUACAUACAUAUACACAUGCAUAUACAAUUCAUAUGCGCGCGUGCACACAAUAUACAUAUACGUAUCGCUAUUUAAUGUAUAUUAUGUAUGUAAUGUCCUCCACAUUAGUAUUGCGUGAUUACGCGUACGCAAGAUACCUCGGAGAGGAUAAAGGUGACAAAAUAACGAUUCAGGUGUAUAAAAUUGUUGAUAUUUGUAAUUUCCGAAUCUAGUUUGAAAGGCGCUACAGAUUGAGAUGCGGUAGCAACAUUAGAUCGCGCACGCAAAACGCUCGAUUUUCAAUCCUCUACAUUUAAAUCGUGCAUAAACACGUGGCUUCCCAUCGCACUAAAAUAGAAGAGAGGACAGAAAAGCGAGAAAAACGUAUCGAAAAUUUACAACUUGAUGAUUUUCAAGUGCGAAAUGUAUAUAGGCGUAUAUGUGCAUAUGUACAAUAUAUAUGAGAUCGAGGAGAAAAGGGUAGUUUUCUUCAUUGUUAAUAUAUCUACGUCACGACUAACUUUCCGCAAGCAUGAUAAUGAUGAAAACGUAAAUUUCUAAUGAAUGUAUUCUUUGUAUGACUAAAACUACUCUUUUCUCCUUGCGCCACGAUAUGAACGGGGAGCGUGUUAUCGCGUUUUGAACUGAAAAAAUCGUGCGUAAUAAAUUGAAAAUACCCGAAAGCGAGAGAAAACAAUGCCGCGGAAAUUACACGCGAUGGUAUUCAACUGAGGAUAGAGAGAGAGAGAGAGAGAGAUGUAUGGAUGUGACGAUGAUGAGAUUGAUAAUGAUGGGUGAAAGUUUGUUGUAUGAUUGCGCCGAGUUGUAAAUGUCGGCCCGGUGGUCGACAUAAACCAAGCGUGUAUCGCUUUACGUUAAUUUAUGCCUUGCGGUAGAUGCUCAAUCAUAAUUCAUAACACGUUACUCUGUCUUAUGCGACAGGGCAAAUUUCAACAACAAAAUGCGAAUGAUAAUUGAAUCUGCGAGUUUGUUCGCGUGCUGAUUCGCAAAAGCGUCAUUUGUCGCGGUGACGAAGACGCGCUUGCGAUUUGGCGUAUGAUGGUGCAACGAUUGCAUAAUGAAAAGUUAAUGACUACCUCGCGAUUAUACCAAAGGUAUACGAUGUGAUCGUCCGAUGUUACACUCGUUGGAACGUGUUUUAAUCUUUUAACGCGUUUUACAGACACAAGGCGAACCACACACAUCGUGUAUUAUAUAUAAUAUAUUUAGAUACAAUAUAUUCAUUCCCGUUCUUUCUUUCCGCGAAUUUCCGCGCCAAGACACGGGUCGUCGGAGCGUCGCGUUGUUACGCAAAAGCAUGUAAAAACAGCAUAUUCAGCAAAUUUGAGCAAAAGACUCGUAGCAAGACUCUUAGCGUUUCGAGAGAAACCGCUGUUAUCAAAAUUUACCCGUGUGGUCCUAUCGACAUACAAACCGGCACAUCCUGAUUUUAUUCGCUAUGCGUUUUACCAUGCACUUGACGCGCAUCGAUCGCAGCACCGUCGUCGCCGUCGUUGAGAAAAAAAAUUGUCAGCCUUCACCUUUCGGAUCCUACGUCCGCACGGGUGCAUUCAAUGAAUUUAGCUGUCCUAUUUUUCUACAUUGUAUAUUCUGGUCACUAUGUAUAAUGUAUCGAGUGCGAGCGUGAAAAGCGUGAAAAGUGUUUCAAGUACCCUGGAGAGAAGGAGGGAGAAGGUUUCAUACUUUUGCGCUUUUCAUCACGCGUCGACGUCUAAGGAUUAAUGGUUUGGUGCAAUACGCAGAGUAACAUAAAUCGACGAUGUGUAAUCGAAGAUAAUACGUAAAUCAAGCGUAGAUCGAUUUCCUCCUUCAUUUUAAUUAUUCGCUGUACAAAUUGUUUUACAUACUUCUCGAAAUAAAAUAACAUGUCGUUUAUAA